CAGUGCAAUGUCGUUGGCUGCGAAUGCUUCUUCAAUCUCAGUCCCAGUCUCAAUCUCAGUCUCAGUCUCAGUCCCACCAGUCCCAGCCAUGACCACAACCCCCGGCACCAAGGGAUCAACCGCCGGCCAUCCGCCGCGCCAUGUUGAAUGGCAGCCACACGCGUCCGAGUUUGACAGCGAGACGAGGCGCUUGGUCGUCCGCGCUGCGAGUGACUGGCAAGCAGAGCACCACCAACUCGAGCAACAACCGCAGCAGCAGUGGUCGUACUUGAACCGCAACGUGCCGUCUCGCGUGCAGCAUGGUCCAAUGUGCGGAAUGGUAGCGCUCGGAAUGGGAACAUCAUACUUGACAAGCAGUGCAAGCACAUCGGCUCAUGACAAGGCGCCAGACUCUCCAAGCUUGUUGCUAGCGGCGGCUGAUCCUGCGCGACCGCCGCAAGUGGAUGCCGACAGCUGGCGGAUACUCACCCUGGCCAAGCAGCACAAGUACAGCGCGUAUGGUGAAAUGUUCUAUGCAGAGUGGCUGGCGGAGCUGGCUUCCAUGCAGCAUGGUUCCGUUCAGGCGAAAGUGCUGACGCCCUUGACGUUAAGCGCCAUUCUGCAAGAACUCGUAGCAGGCAAUCUGGUCCUCUUUCCAUAUGACGCCGAUCGCAAUCACACUCCCUGUUUACGAAGCGGGCACAAGGCGCAUUGGGCCAUCUUGACUGGGUUUGCGGGCGUGCAAGUCUCACCAACUGCCGCAUCUCCUGAUCAAACCUCUCACGAUGUGAAAGACGAGCCAAUAUGCGCCGACGAGUUGCUCAAAGGAUGCACGAUUCGCGUUCUAGACAAUCAGCUACAUUUUGUAUCGAGCAACGCCGAUAGUGCGCAGCUUGUGAUGGAGGCCGAGUCCGUCCACUUUUUCCUGAGACAAGGGAAAUCACGGCACCAAGCUUUAUAUCCAGCUGCCGCCAUGCUAAAGAGUAAUUGGAACAUGGUUGAGCCCGAUCCCGACCGCGCGUCCUUUGCGAAUGGCCUCGCGUCUGCUGAUGUGGCGAGUUAUGUUGUUCCCGCGAAUUUGGAAACUCUGCGCGAUCGUGUCGUUGUGCUACGUGCUGUAGCACGAUCCGAGUCCUGACAAGAACACUUUAAUUUCCUGCUCUAGAUCGCAUGACCUUUUCUCCCGCCAACUUUUGCUCACCGACCAUGAUCAUCAAUACCGAGAACG